AUGAUGCGCCUUCACUGCACUCCGCCUAAUUGGACGGCCGCCGACCGCUCGUCACCGGGAGAAAAAACCGCCGCGGCGGCAGAGCGGACGGAUCGCGCCCUCGACGUUCGCACGGCGCCCUUUAAAGUCCGAAUGCGUUUCACUCGCGCACCGACAUCAUGUCACCGGCGAACGUGCAGCUCUCGACCGAAAUCACCGGCGAUUAUUAUUCGGCGAUGCGCCAUUAGCGAUCUUUCCUCGUCGGAACAUUGGACGGUUCAAUUUAGAACGGAUUACGUUUCUCGCCAUCGGUGCGGCCUAACUAAUGAAGAUUUAAACCGUCGCUGGUCCAAGCCGAGUCCCGUUUUGCAUCCUUCAAUAUAUCACACUAAGGGCCUGAUCGAGUAUCUGUUGCGCGUGUGGCGGAAGCCGCCGCUGGUGUUCUGCGACUACCACGGCCACUCGCGCAAGAAGAACGUGUUCUUCUACGGGUGCGCCGGCGCCGAGAGCUGGUGCAGCAGCGACCGUAUCGCGCCCGACGAACCAGUCAAAUACCUCAUGCUGCCGGCUCUGAUGCACCGAAUAUCGGGCGCGUUCGCGCUUGGCUCUUGCUCCUUUCGAGUGGAACGCGAGCGUGAGAGCACCGCCCGCGUCACCGUCUGGCGCCAUCUAGCGGUCGCCCGCUCCUACACCAUGGAGGCUUCCUUCUGUGGCUUCGAUCAGGGACCGUACAAGGGCUUCCAUCUGAACACGCAGCACCUACAGGGCGUGGGCAGCGACCUCUGCGAGGCGCUAGGAGGCCUAAGCGACGGCGCCACUGUCGACAUUCAACUGACUAGGGAACUCAACGGAAACAUUGCGAUCAAUUGGAAUAAUGUAAGCAAAAGAGAAAAAGCUGUGGACAGCGAACAAGGUUCAGGAUCGGACAGUGUGCUCAAGACAGACUCAGAUGAGGAUUUUGAU